UGAAAUGGGAAGUAAAUAGUGAGAAAAAUGUAAUUCGUGCUUUUAAAAAAUUUGAUUCAAAUGCUUGGGAAGAUGUAGAUAGUAUAAAAUUAGAAGAUUCGAUAAUUUAUUCUAAAUUAACAUUGGAAGCAUCUAUGUAUAUUUGUUGUUGUCAUUUGUUGCAUAAUGACGAUUUAGCAGUGAUUACAUUCUUUGGCUUAUUUAUAUGGUCAGCUUGGCAAAAAGAUGAAAAAAUCAGAAAAAUUCAAGUAUUGUAUUAUAUGUCCUAUGGGGAUCGUGACACUUACAUUGAUGUAAAAAAUUCAUGCUUUUUAGAUUUAUUAAAUAAGAUACAAAACAAUAAAAGAAGUUCAUUACCAGCUCCUGAUUUUGAUUUUCUUUAUGAGGGUAGACAAUCAUAUACAGAAAAAGACCAUCGAUUACUUCUUAAAGAAUUGCUAGAUAACUUAUUGGAUGAUUAUAUAGAAGAUACUAC